AUGUCUGUCUACAAUGUCGACAAACUGCUGGAAGAGGCGAGUCGACGGUUUGCCCGGUGCCUCCCUCCAGGAGAAGAACAGCUUCCCCUGAAGGAGGUGUGGGCUGCAGUUGACCGCUACAUCUUCUCAUGCCUCGAGCACUUCCGGGGCUUGGUCAUCCCGGGCUUCGCGCGGAUAACCUGGCAGGUGGAGCAUCGGUUCCGGCGGGACAGCACGGAGCUGUACUUCGAGCUGCUGGAGCCCUUCUGCAGGACCUUCCACGUGGCCAACAGCAGGCGCUAUGCCGCGCCGCUGGAGGCCGAUUUGGCAGCCUGCGAGGAUUUCAACUACAGCAAGGCAGCUCUCCGGUUCUCGCGGAAGCUGAAGAAGGACCAUGUGGUGGCAGGACUUCGAGUGCUUGUCAUUCGGAUGGGCGAGGCAAUGGCUCAGGGAAGGCAGAUGUCCCUGGACUUCACCAUAGGGAAGCUCCUGGCGCGAGAGCGCGAAGCGCGCUUUGUGUUCUCAGCAGAAGCACAGCAAAGCCUCCUCGAGGGUCGCCCUUUGCCGUCAAGGGCGCCCCCAGAGGCAGCAUGGGAGGCAGAUUCCGGGCCGACCGGCGAGGGAGGUAAACAAGGAGAGGCGGUGGUCUUGCCGCCGAGCCCCAAAGCGAGCGAGGAAGGCGAGCUACCGCAGCGGCGAAAGAGGAGCUAUUGGCAACCAAAGCCGAAGCCAAGAGCCAGGCUGCAGCGGUGCGUGAAGCCACUCGAGCAGGCCACGCCUCGGCCCGCAACCUCGGCCGGGAGGUACCCAGAGGGCGCCACCACGCCUCCAGCAACUGCCAGGAGACUCUCUUCCCUGGGCGCACCUCCACCGCAGCUGCCCCCGCGGCCGGCGACCCGGGCAGGAGAAAUGCCCACGUCGCCAAAGCCGACAAUGGCAGCCAAGGGGAAACAGGCCUUCGAGGAGGAGCAGACGUCAUCACCAAGGUGCAACGAUGUCCAAGCCUGCUUGGACCAGUGUCUGAUCCGGCAUAUCAGGCAGCUCGAGAAAAGAGCCUCUCAGGCGCUCAACCGCAACACGGAGGAAGCCAAGCUGACACUGAAGCAGAAGGAGAUCGACGAAAGACGCCAGCGCGUGGCGAAGUUGCGGGAGAACGCUGACUUCCUGGUGAAGCAAAUGGAGGACCGGGAAGCCCGGCGGCGUCUCGAUGCCGAAGCCGAGCGCGCCGAGAGUCACACCACGACUUCAAGCAAGUCAACUCCCCGCAAGGCCGGCGUCUCGGAGCACCGUCGAGAUCUGCUCACCUCCAACCUGAAGGAGGAAUGUGCCUCGCAGAUUUCUGGUGAUCUCCUGCAAGACAAGCUGCUCGCAGGCCGGCCAAGACCGGCUACCGUGCUGGGGACCAUGGAGGCCCGAUCCGAGCUGCACAGCUGCCUCACUUCGCAGAUCGAGGUGAGGCGCCAGAAGCGCGAAGCGAGUCGCCGGCAGCAGCGAGAGGAAGAGGCUACCAUGCUGGAGCUUGAAGCGCAGGAUAUCGUCCGGCAGAACCAGCAACACCAGGCCGCUAAGCUGGAUGCGCAGCAGCGCCUCAGAGAUGCAUGGCGCCUCGGAAGGCAGCUUCGGGAUGUCGACAGGCGAGUUGAGGCGUUGGAAGAGGGGCGCCCACCUCCGCGACCCUGUGAAAGUCGGUAG